AUGAUGCAUUGUCUAAUAGGGAGCCAUUGUAAAUUAUGUAACGGGGUCAGGAGGUGUGUCACAGCGGACUUCCAAGACGGGCAGUCCAAUUCUGGAGGCGCUGGAGAUGAUUUAAGUGGGUCGCUGAAAGACCCUCAUCAUUCAGUGAAGGAACUGGCCCGGCUAGCAAUACUUACUGACUGUACACUCAUGCUAGCUUGGAAUGCUGAGGAAGCAGGGAGGUACCUGGAGACAUACAAAGCUUACGAGAACAAACCAGCCGAUGCCCUAAAGGAGAAAGUGGAACAGAACCAUAUCUCCAAAAUGACAGAUUGUCUAACAACAGUGAAGUCGGUGAAUAAGACAGAUGUUACCACACUGCUAGCCAAUUGCAGGACAUUUGAGAAGAUUGUUGAAUCAAGCAAAGAAGAAUUGGCUUUACUACCAGGAUUUGGACCUCAAAAGGCACAGAGACUGAGUAGUAUCUUUACUGAGCCAUUCUUGCGGAGGAACAAGAGGAGAAAGGUUCAAAAUGAAGAAGAAAAUGGGGACGGCUAAGAAAGAAAAUCUUCUAGGUACCGUACCCCUGAGAUGAGCAGAUGCAUGUAUUGAUCUUCACUGAGCCCUUCUUACAGAGGAAAAACGUAAAGAAACUCCUGAUUGGAGAAGAAAAUGGAGAGUGCUAAGGAAGCAAAUCUUCUCAGUGUGUUGAUAUGAUUGACAGGUGCAUAUACAGAGCCACUAGCGGAUCCAGGGGGGGACACAGCCGGCCUGUGCCCCCCCCCCCCCCCUUGAGAAGCAAAAUUAAAAUUUGUAAUGUAAAAAUGCCAUUAAAACAGAAGUGUGACCCCCCUUUUGAAAGUGAAGACCUUUUUUCUUUUCUUUUUUUUUUGCUUGUCAAAUUUUUUCUUAAUUUUUGGUUAAAAAACCUUUUUUUUUUUUUUGGGGGGGGGGGUUCUUUUUAAAUCCUGGAUCCGCCCCUGUACAGCAUUUUCACUUUGCACUUCUUAUUAUAGAGAAGACUGGCAAAGCAAAUAUUCUAAUUGUGUUCUGAAGAUGGAUAGGUGCAUAUACAGAGCAGUAUCUUCACUUUGAACUUCUUAUGGAGUAACCAGCCCUUACAAAGGAACAAGACAAGGAAAGUCCAUAAUGAAGAAUAUAGAGAAGACUGGCAGAGCAAAUAUUCUAAGUGUGUCCUUAAGAUGGAUAGGUGCAUAUACAGAGUAGUAUCAUCACUUUGCACUUAUUAUGGAGUAACCAGCCCUUACAAAGGAACAAUUUAAGAAAAGUUCAUAAUGAAAAAAAUAGAGAACAUUGACAGAGCAAAUCUUCCAAGUGUGCCCUUAAGAUGGAUAGGUGCAAGAACAGAGUUAGUAUCUUCAUUUUGCGCUUCCUGUGGGGGAAUAAGCCCUUCUUAAGAAGGAACAGAAGGAAAGUCCAUAAUGAAGACUGAGGAAGCAAUUCUUGCAGAUGUUCUGAAAUUGAUGAUAUGUGUAUAUUGAGUAUUAUAUUCACUGAGCCUUUUUUUUUCUAUGGAAGAACACCAGAAGAAGUUCAAAUUAAAGAAGAAAAUGGGGAGAGCUAAAUGAAUUUGCUUGUACUGUGAACAUGGAAAGGCCUGCACUUAAAGGGAUGGUCCAGGCUGGAGAUAUUUAUAUCUCAAUAGAGGAAAAUUCACAAAGCAAAAUGCUGAAAAUUUGAUCAAAAUAGGAUAACAAAUAACAAAGUUAUUGAAUUUAAAAAAUUUGCAUUAUUUCGGUGAAACAGUUCUAGGCAUGUCUUUAUGAAUAUUCAUUAGGUGGGCUGAUGAUGUCAUAUCCCCACUUGAUCUUUUGUAUUUUAUUAUAUGAAAUUAGGUUUAUUCAAAAAAUUUCUACCAACAACUAAAACGAUUGGAUUGACAACUGAUUAAGUGCAUUAGUUAUUCAUUGCUGCAACUUAUUUCAUCAUAAUGGAGACACAUCAUUUACACAUGUAUGAAGAAAUUAAACAUUUAUUAUUUCAUGUAAUAACAUAAGAAAAAGGAAAGUGGGGAUGUGUCAUCAACAGCCCACCUAAUGAAUAUUCAUGACGAUGUGUAUAUAAAUGUUUUCACAAAAUAUUGAUGAACUUUAAAAUUCAAUAACUGAUUUUGAUUUUCAGCAUUUUUCUCUGUGAAUUUUACUCUUUAUUUAGAUAUAAAUAUUUUCAGCCUGGACCAUCCCUUUAAAAUGAUCCAAUAUAAUUUGGUGUACAGUUGCCCAUCUGUUCUCUAAUUGUAUGAAGCAGAUAUUGGAACCAUGUCACAACCAAGCAAUCAAAACUAUUGACGUCUGAAGAAAAUGACCCUAUUAGAAUGAAAACUUGUUCUCACAUAACUAGUGAAAGAUGAAUAUUGAUUCAAUCUAGCAAAGAAAGCAAGUUUCAUGGCUCAGAUGAAAGGGCUUCUUGACUAUCUGCUCUAGUUAUGAGCUCCCGUUACAACAAACUAUAAAAAUAUUUUCCUCCAAAGUUGAUAUGUAACCUAAUUCUUUGUCCUCUUGAGAAAAAGACAAUCCAUAAUAUCAAGCUUUGCUUGGUCAACUAUGUGGAAUGCAUAUACCUCCAAUUUCUUUAAUUAUAAGAAAUGAGAUUUCUCUUAGCCAAAUGCAACCCAAAAUUGUCAUGGAUGUGUCAUUGAAAAUUGAAUGAUUCAUUUAUCUCUUGAGAACUAUAUUUGUAAAUGAUUUGAUAUCAAAGAUUAAAUAGUUUUAUAUAGUU